UCCAGUUUUCCUGUGUCUGUUCCAGCAGCCAAAACCCAAGUAAAAACUCUUAUCGUUCGACUCCCUCUUUGUUAAAAAAUGGGGAAGAAACGAAAGCAAAGCGAUACGCAGACAGCUGAACCAACGAAGAAAGAUGAAGGAGCUCCAGAGAGACCAAAGAGGACACUUUUGGGUUGGAAAGACAAGGAAGAAGUUGAAGAACAAACUGAGUCUAAUCCUGAUUCUUCUUCCCUGGUCUUUAGAAACAAAGAAAAAGUUAUGGUUACAUGUUCACGCCGUAUCAAUUACAGGUAUAGGCAUUUGAUGUUGAAUAUGGUUUCACUUUUGCCUCAUUGUAAGAAGGAUAACAAGGUUGAGUCGAAGAGUAGCAAAGGCGCUACACUGAAUGAGCUUAUUGAAUUGAGGGGUUGUUCUUCCUGUCUGUUUUUUGAGUGUAGGAAACAUCAGGAUCUUUAUCUGUGGAUGGUAAAGUGUCCCAGUGGUCCAUCUGUUAAAUUUUUGGUUAAUGCUGUGCACACAAUGGAAGAACUGAAGCUAACUGGAAAUCAUUUGAAAGGUUCGCGUCCUUUAUUGACUUUCUCGGGAAAUUUUGAAAAAGAUGCUCACUGGAAGCUUCUGAAGGAGAUGAUCGUGCAGAUAUUUGGAACUCCGAAGGAACACAGGAAAUCUAAACCUUACCACGAUCAUGUCUUUGUUUUCUCCAUUGUUGAUGACCACAUAUGGUUCCGCAAUUACCAGAUAUCUGUUCCUCAUAAUGAAUCAGAUAAAAUGGUUAGAGGGGGCCUUGAUAAAAUGACCCUUGUUGAGGUUGGUCCGAGAUUUUGUUUGAAUCCGAUCAAGAUAUUUGGUGGCAGCUUCGGAGGUCCAACACUAUAUGAGAAUCCUUUCUAUGUAUCACCAAACCAGAUCCGAGCAUUGGAGAAGAGGCAGAAGGCCGGGAAGUAUGCGAAGAAAGUGAAAGCCAAGACAAGGAGGAAAAUGCACGAGCUAUCUAAUCCAUUGGAGCCUGAUGAAUUUGCUGAUAUGUGGAGGGAAUGAUGUUGAUCAAGAUCCUUUUUCUGCCAAGCAAAAACAAUCAUUAUGGACUAAAAUCGAUUUUGUAUCCAGUGUGAAACAGCAGGUUUUGGUUAAUUGUUUUCUCUGUAAGUUUCCAUUUUGUACUGGUGAGAAUCAGUUUACACCAAUGGAUUAGUUAUACAAAAUGAUAUGUGUUUGUAGUA